AUGGAAAAUGUGCCACCAAAAGGUCUCAUUGUAUUUGCCGAAGCUUCAGAGCAUGUCUCAGCGAUUCCUUUGUUAACGGCGACCCUGAAACGGCUAUCUCAACAGAGCUUUGAAAUCGCUGCCGUUCUCAAUUUCUCGAGGCAAAAUAAGAUCCAAGAAAGAUUCAAUAACGCUGGGUAAGGCAAUUUCUGGCUUGCUAAAGCUGUUUAACCCCUCUAUCUUUAGAAUAUCCUCUGUAACGACGUUAUGUCUUCCUGAUAUUGAGAAGAUCCCUCAAUUUUUCUCUGAAAUCCCUGGAAAAUUGAGUCAUCUUCAGAAACCCCUGGUUUUUGUUGAAAAUCUGAACGUCUACAUCGAAAUUAUUGGUAUCGAUGCUACAAUCAGAGAGCUCAUGAGGCUGUCGGCUAAAUUUCCAGUGUAUACUAUCGUCAAAGUUGAAGGAUUAGACGAUCUGAGCAAAAAUCGACUAGACUUUGUAUCAGCUGCUGUUCUCAAUCUUAAAUCGGAUAAAUCUGGAAGGAAUCUAUGCGAAACAGUGAUCCGCAAGAAGGACGGGAGCCUUAAGACCACUGUAAGUUAUCUUUGAUACAUAGAAGUACUAAAUUUGAGAGCCUAGUUUUAUAUUAUCCGAUGUCAUGGACAAUAUAAAAAUCCAUUGUAAACGGCGUCUAAACUCUCGUAUUUGUAGCUGGAAGAAUACACAAUCGAACCAGCAUCAUUUUCAAUUGAAUCAAAGAAGUAUAAGCCGGAAAAAGUGAAUUAUAUUGAAGUAGAUGCACCUGAAACUUCCGCGGCCUCUCAACUCCCAAAGACCACAUUCGACAUGGGUCUGAAUUUACGAGAAGACGAAGCCAAGGCCAAGAAAACCACACGGCUUCCGUAUACCAACGCUCAAAAUGAACAGGGCCUGGUGAAUUUGAAUAUAACUUCAGGUAGGAAGGUCAGAGCGGGCGGACAAAUCAUCUACACGCCUGAUCGCGAUGACGACUUGGAUGACAGUGAUCCCGACGACGAUUUGAUGAUAUAACCUGUGAUUCUCUUCAUGUUAUUUGUCGAUAAAUUGCAUUUUGACCUUGAAAAUUGUUUAAGAUAGGUAAAAACUGCCGUUUAUUGCAAGCUGAAGAUGUUUGGAGGGCAUUUUCGCCUUUAACACGCCAUUUGAAUGCAAUCCCAGCGUUUUAAACGACCCUUUUCGCAUUACUUUAGGGGAUAAUUGAAAAGAACGCAAUAAAAAAGCUGGAUAACUCGAGGUAAUAAGAAAUUUGGGUCCAAAUGCUCGCAAUUCGCAUAAAACUGUCUAAUUCCACCUUAAAAUGCAAAAUUCAAAUUUUUGCGGUACAAAUUGCACAUUGCAAGAGAAUUUUUUUAUUCCACCUUGUGAACUUUACCAAUUCGAAAUUUUUAGAUUGCACUGUGCAUCCAUUUCUUUGUUCUGUGCACAACUCGCAGAGAAGUUGCACUGCGUUGCGGCAGAACUCUCCCCCCUUUUUGAGCACUCCCCCUUGAAUGAACCCUCCCCUUUUUGAACACUCCCCCUCAUUUUGAAAAUUGAAAAAAUUAGGUGUGACAUGUUAUACGAUUAAUUUUUUUUCAAAUUGAAAAAAUGAGGUGUGACAUGUUAUACGAUGGAAUUUUUUUCAAAUCAUUUUCUCAAUUUGGCGGAACUCUCCCCCUUUUUUGAUUUGCACCAAGAAAUCUGAACUCUCCUCUUUUUUGAACACUCCCCAUUUUGAAAAUUGAAAAAACGAGGUAUGACAUGUUAUACGAUGAAAAUUUUUUUCAAAUUGAGAAAAGUGAAAAGGGGGAGAGUUCCGCCUUUUUUGGGGGAGAGUUGAAAAAGGGGGAGAGUUCAGAUUGGGGGAAAGUUCAGAAAAGGGGGCGACUUCAGGCUCAACCGUUGGCACUGUGCGGAUUUGCAAGAGAAUACCAAGAAUUGGGCGGGUCCCAAGCAGAAAGAAUUUCGGCGCCAAAACUCGUCCUCGAGUGGGUGCGGCGUUUCCGCGUCCGCAUUCACGGUCAGUUCGUGGGCAGGCUCCGCUGUCGUGUAAUUCCCAGGUUUUUUAUUGUUGUUUUCUAAAUUUUAGGCAUCAGCACAUCAUGUCCGACGGUCCCGCAGCUUCUCCCAAGCCAGCCGCCUCACCGAAACCGGCCAAGGCCGCGAAAGCCAAGCCCGAAAAGAAGGCGGAGGCCAAGCCAAAGGCCGACAAAGCCCCCGCUAGCCACCCCGCCUACGGGAUCAUGAUCCAGGACGCCAUCAAAAAAAUCAAGGACAGGAAAGGAGCCUCUCGAGGUGCCAUCCAGAACUACAUCACUGCCAACUACAAAGUUGCAGGUGUCACGAAAUUUGUGAGUUUUCUUCUUCUUUCUGUGUUGUGUUUAGAUGCUGUUACCUUCUUUUGAUUUCUUUCUGAAGAUUCUAAAGAUUUGUAUCAAAAAAUUGGCAUGGAUAAUGUGAUAUUGGUCAUAAAGAUGUCUUUUUUGAGCUAAAAUUGUGUCAGGAACACUCGUUUUUUCUGUUAAUUACUGGGCAUAUAAGUUGAGACCACAUCUGAGGUGAAUUUUUGAUAUUACACUUGAUCAAUGAAAAAAUUUGAUGGUUCUUUUUUUUGCGGAAUUUGAGGUUGAAACCUGUAUAAGAAAGAAGGUGUUGCAAUCUGUUGCUUUUAUGGGAAUUUUCGGUUGUUUUAGACGAAAUAUGGGCAUUUUGGGUAUUACUUUCAAUAGUUUCUAAGUCUAAUAAAAUUUGGGUAUGCUACACUCCUACUGUUUUAUUACGUUUGUAAUUUUGGCACUGGGUUCCUAUUUUUCUGUUUUGAAGUUUUUAACUGCCCCUACUUUUCAUCUUGGCAUAGAAGACAUUAUUCCAAUCGGUUAUUCGGAUCUUUUCAGAUUGUCAGUCAAAUCCGCAAUUCUUUGAAACGUCUAAUCGUGUCUGGAAAGAUCGUUUUGGUCGCCGGAACCGGUGCACAUGCUCGGUAUGGUCUGUCUGGAUCGGACAAGAAGCCUGCUGCCAAAUCGCCAGCCAAGAAGGCUGCCGCCAAGUCCCCGGUCAAGAAGGGCGCCGCCAAAUCUACGCCCAAGAAGAAGGCGGCUCCAGCAGCCAGCGACAACGAAGUUGCUGCCGUCGCCGAGCCAAAAGCAGCCGCUAAGAAAAAGGCCGCCGGAUCAAAGGCAGCGCCCAAAAAAGCCGCCGCGCCCAAGAAAUCGCCCGCGAAGAAGAAGGCCGUCGCCGAGACCGACGUCGCUCCCGAAGCCGUCGCCAAGCCAAAGACGCCCACCAAAAAGGCCGCCGCGCCAAAGAAAUCGCCCGUCAAGAAAGGCGCUGUGACCAAGAAGAAGGCCCCAGCGAAGAAGGCGGCUCCCAAGAAGACCAAGGCAUAA